AUGGAAAAGAAUGGUCAAGUUCAAACACUAUCUGCUUUUGAUAAGUUCUAUUCGGAGCAUUCAUCUUCCUGGUCUUCUUGGCUUUUACAACAAUUACCUUCCAUACCAUUCAUUGCUUCUAAAAACUCCACCAAUGAUACACUCUAUGUUGUCGUUGACUCGGUCAAAUUCAUUGCUCAACAUAUUUAUCAAUCCUAUUGUCGGCAACCAUUAAAAACAUCUAGCCAUUCACUUUUGACCUUUGCUGAAUUCAGGGAACGUUAUGGAGUAUACGAAGGACAUGCUUUGACUGACAACGAUCUAGUAUUGAUUCUAAAAUAUUUGGCCUGGCGUGGUACUAUUGCAUUAACAAACAAUGUUCAUGGUUAUGGAUCGACUUUUACUGUUCUUAAAUUUGUUGAACCUGGUAUGACCCAAAUGAUUACGGAACAAGAUAAAGCUAUGAUCAGUAUCAAAACCACCUGUGAAGCUCUUCAAUAUCAAGUACAGAAUAUGCAACAACAAAUUGAAAAAUUAACUUUGACUGCUCAAGAACACCAUCAGAAAAAACAAAAGCCUCAAACAUUAUAUUCUCUUCGUCGAAGAAAACAUGUGACAGAAGUAUUGGAUAAACGAUUAAAGUCAUUGGAAACCAUGGAGGGUAUGUUACUGAAAAUGGAAUCAGCUCAAGAUGAUAUGCAGAUCAUUCAAGCAUUUGAUAAUGGAGCCAAUGCUUUACGAAGUAUUUUAACUAAUGGAUUAUCAAUGAAAUCGGUGGAAGAAACAAUGGCUAAAAUACAGGAUGUAUAUGAUGACCAAAAGGAAACGGAGCAAGCAAUGAUGGAGGGCAGUCAAUAUAUUACGGAUGAAGGAGAUGAUGAUGCAUUACUGAAGGAAUUGGAGGAUUUGGAAAAGCAGUCAUUGGAUGAACAACAUCAGGUUCAAACGCCAGCGCAAAUGGUUCCAGUAUCACCCAUUACAUCUAUUAUCAAUCAAGACAUAUCACCAUCAUCAUCAUCGUCAUCACUACCUGAAGCAACAACUUUAUCUCAAUCGCAUAUGGAUGGAGAUGAUAUCGUUAACAAAAAAAUAUCCCAUAGAGUUGCGCAAUUAGAAUAA